AUGCAAUCAUCAUCAUCCGAAGAAUCAUCAAAAGAAGAAAUUCCACCAUCAUCUUCAUCAACACCACCAUCCAAUCCAACCGAGCUAACCAUGGACAAUUCUCGGAAUCAUGUUGAAAAUUCCAUGACGAUGGACUCUCAACCCGUGUGUGGCUCUUAUGAUGGCUCAGAGUCGUCUUCCUCAACAGCAUCAACGAGUCCAUUAGCUUCACAGGUUUUAUCUUCCGUAGAGAAUAUUAAUAAUGACAAACAACAAUUAAUUCCAGGAACAAACGGAAUGACAAGUAACGCUCAUUCUACGACCUCACUAGCUACAACCUCUCAUUCAAGUGUUCUUUCUUCAAUAACGCCCACUCAUCAACCCAGAAAGAUGAAUGAUCUCGUAACUCCGUUGAAUAAUUUAUCGGAUUCACCAAUGUCAUCCUCUCUUAUCAUGCCGGAUAAUACGCAAAAGACCACAAAGACGUCCUUCAAGUUUUUCUUAAAACCCAAACAGCGUAGUUUGAGACACUUAAGAGCAAUCCAUGUGAGAAAUAUCCGGAGCAACGAUGUUGUGUGUUCAUUUGCUAGCGUUUAUAUCAGAAAGGAAAAAGAUGGCUCAGAUCUUGAAUUAUUAUUCAGGACUGGAAUUUUGGAACAAUCAGUUAACCCAUCUUGGAAUUUUGAAUUAAAUGUUAAUCCUAAAUUUUCAGAAGAUGAUGAAAACGACCCGACAGAUACUGAGAGCAAAAUUACUGACCUCGUUGUUAAAAUAUAUUCCGUCAAACAUUCGUUGCAGAACCAGUCGAUAUUACAUUUGCAAGAGACGACCCAUCCAAAUAUUGACUUGGAAGAGGAAUUUAUUUGCGAAGAGCAUUUUGAUUUUAAUCAUUUGAACUUUGUAGGAGUGACUAUGAAAGAUUUAAUAAUUACUGAGCUACCCAUUAAUUGCAUUUUAUUAGAGUUUGUUGAUGGGGUUUUUAUUUCAGAAGACUUGGAUGCAGUUCUCAAAAAACAUGGUGUGGGUAAUGAAAAAAUCACGAGAAAGAGUUUUAGAGUUGAUCAGUCAUCGCACGAAGUCAGUUUGGCAGAGUUGGAACAUGCUGUCGAAAAAUUAUGUGGCACUCAAUUGGCCAUACAAGAAUCUCAACUCACUAUUGAAGAGAUUCAAGCCAAUAUUAAGAAAGAGAUAGAAAAGAGGCAAAAAAUAAUUGAAAUCACACAACAAAUAGCUCUUAGAAAAAGUAGGAUAAAAAGAUUGAACGCUGUGAUUCAACAGACAAAAGAAUCGAUCGAUAAAAGGAAAAACCAACUUGAAGAAAAGAAACGUGAUUUGAAGGAGAAGCAUCAACAAUUACUAGAGUCACAACAAGAUUUAUUAGAGCAGCGUUUGUCGCUGUCACGAGAGCAAGCAGGUUUUCUUUCUACACAAAAGGAAGAACUAUCCAUUUUAGAGCAAAAGUUUAGACAUAGACAAGCAAUGAUCGUUCAGCAAUUGAGCAGCAUUUAUAUGAUUGGCCCUCAUCCUCAAAAACAAACCAACGAUUUGUAUAUUAACGGAUUGACAAUUUGUAGAGGAGAACAACCAAACAAUGAUGAUGAAGCAGCAAGUGCUCUUGGUUUUGUCGCUCAUUGCGUUCGUAUACUAUCAAAGUUAUUCCAGAUUCCCCUUAAAUACCAAAUUUACGCGCUAUCUUCACGAAGUUUUGUGAGUGAGGAAGGACAAAAUGAUCAAAAUGUUUUACUACCAUUAUUUAUGCUUAGAGGAAGCGAGCGAACAAAAUUUUACAAAGCUAUCAUACUUCUCAAUCUUAACUUGCAGCAUAUUUUGAAAGUGAAAGGAUUUAAGAGACCGAUGAAGAGUGAACGCAAAUUUGAUGUUCUCGACAAUCUUCAAUUCUUAUUCAAGAAUCUGCAGAAAUAA